AGCUUUGUGCCCAAAACGCAGAGAAACCUUGGCACCGCGCCUGCGCGCCGUGCUGGGGCUUGCCAUGGCAGACAGCCCACUCAGAUGGCUCUUUUUCGGCUGCGGCGCGGUGGGUGGCUAUUUUGGGGCACGCUUAGCAGAGAGUGGGCAGAAGGUGAGCUUCAUGGUGAGGAAGCAGACACGUAGAGCGAUUGCCACAAAUGGUGUCCAAGUUCAGAGCAUCAGCGGGAAUGUGCACGUGCCCCGGGACAAGCUGGACCAGGUGAUCGACACCGAAAACCUCGACAGGCAGAAAAAGUUCGAGGCGGAUGUCAUCGUGCUGGCUUGCAAGGCUUGGGAGGUGGACAAUUGCCUCCGCAUGUGCGAGCCAUGGUGUGGUGCAAACACUCUGGUGCUGCCGCUGCAAAAUGGUGUGGACGGCUUGAGCAGGGUGCGUGCGAUUGUGACAUCCUGGGGACGCGGCCGGCCACUAGUUGGCUGGUGUAACAUCGUGGCCGCCAUCCAGGAUCCCGGGCUCAUCAAGCACUGGGCCGCUAACCCACCUGCCGUGUACUUUGGUGAGUUUGAGGGCGAGGCGGCACCAAGCACAAAGCAAUUGGAGACCAUCUUCGCUGGGUGUAAAGGUGUGGCAGCCCACUUGGAGUCCGAUGCGCUUUCCAAGUGCUGGGAGAAGUUCUCUUUCAUUUGUGCGACGACUGCAGUGCAAGCUACUACCGGGCCGUCUGCUACGCAAGACUUGAUCCCACAGGUUCCAGAGCUCCUCACGAUGUGGCGCUCAGCAAUGCAGGAGAUAAUGGCAGUGGCUCACAGCCAUGGCAUCAACUAUCAAGAGGAAUGGAUCGAGAAACGCAUACCAGUCUUGAGGGAAGCUGUUGGAGCGACCACAAGCUGCAGUCGAGACCUUUGGGCGGGAAGGCCAAGCGAGCUGGAAGAUUUGCUGGGCUCUGCCCACCGACUGGGCGAAGCAAAUGGCAUCCCGACUCCGGUGAUCUCGACAUGUUACCGUUCUCUCGGCAUGAGAGACUCGCUGGCACGGCGUGCGUGCAAAUUGCCAAUUUAUCCCAUGCUUGAGGGGCAAAAGAUUCUUGGAACCAUAUGUAAUCACCGUGGACAGCAGUUGCCCGCUGACCGGACGUUGGUCCAGAAGAAGGCUGAAGAGUACCUUAGACCAGAGUGGUUUGUUUGCCCCAUGACCUCGACGAUUCCCAGCGGUGGCAAUUGCGAAGUGCCAGAGGGUGUUCAGAUGAUUUGGGAAGCAGAGCUCGGAGUUGUGAUCUCGCACAGGUGCGAGAAUGUAUCUGUCGAGGAGGCCAUGGGCUAUGUUGGUGGCUACUGCAUGGUCUUGGACAUGACCGGCGGAAAUCUAGGCUUCGAGUCUAUGAAGUACGGACACUCCUGGACCAGAAACAAGUGCCAGAACACCUUCAAGCCGGUAGGAAGCUUCAUACCCGCGGAUGAGCUGCCACGUCCGGAAUCUGCUCGCAUCAUUUGUCGAGUGAACGGGAAGACUGUGGCCAACGACGAGCUCAGCAAGAUGAAGUUUUCGAUUGCCCAGCAAGUUGCCGACGCGAGUGAGCUGACUCCAUUGCAGCGAGGCGACGUGUUGUUAACUGGCGCUGGAUCACUGGGCCUUUUAAACGUGGGCGACUUUGUGGAGGGCUUGAUCGAGGGAAUGGAUGAGACGUACACGGUGACAACCCAAUUGGUGCCCGCGCCGAAGAGGGCUAGGCUGAAUUCCGCCAAACUCUGAAUGAUUCGAAUGCCGAACAUGGCAGAUGGUCUUCCAAGCCGAUUUUCUUGAGCGCAAAACUGCGCAUCACGUGAGCAGUGCCCAAAAGCCCUGUUGGUGAGUCAUGGGGGUUUGGGCGCUGCUCACAUUAUUUGGCCACCCUGAGCGCCAAGCCUUUUUUUGAGACUGGAAGUUGGCCAUGGGCUGAGGACUUUUGAUUUUCUGGAAGGCAAAAGUUGCACCGUGUGCCGAUUGUUCGCGCGAUGUCAUGUUCUCUUGAUAAGUUGGAAAACCAACAUAUAAGUUCUUGAGAAAAGUUUGACUCUUGUCUUUGCUUUCCUUGUGGCAAGGCCGCUUGCAAAUUGGCUACCGCCUUUGGUUGACCCAGGCUCAGCCCAGUCUGGCACGGACCUUCCUGCUUGCAGUCUUCUGCAGUUUCUUGUGGUUCUUCCAGACGCAUCUUACUAGUUGAUGGCUCGAUGCAGGAGACGAGACGUUCAAACAAUGGUAGCAAUGGCAGCGGCCUUUGGAGCUGAAGCCGUUGUGGGA